AUGCCGGCGAUGGCACGCAAGAGGCGCGCAGAGGCCGCGCAUGAGGGGUCGUCCUCCGCAGACGCGGGGCAGGACACGAAGAAACGCAAGACAGACAAGACGGAAGAGGCCAAAUUCUACGCCGUGCGGGCAGGCCAUGUUCCUGGCGUAUACAAGACGUGGGCAGAAUGUACGAAGCAGACGUGGGGUUUCAAGGGAGCGCAUUACAAGAAGUUCUCCUCACUGAGCGACGCAAAGGCCUGGGCUGCCGGGAAGCACGUGGCCGCUUCCAAGGAUACACCGUCAAAGUACUACGCCGUAGCUGUCGGCGAGCCGACAGGCAUCUACACGGACUGGGCCGAAGCGAGCGAGGCGAUCAAGGGCACCAAGGGCCCCAAGUACAAGAAGUUCUUCACCAAGCAGGAGGCGGUCGAGUACAUCAUUGCCCAUGGCAACAAGGCUGCGACUGACGCCCUGGGCGCGGACGUGAACCUGGCGCUCAAGUCCGAGUCUGAGACCAAUGCCAACACCGAGGAGGAGACCAGCGCCCAGGCCAAGCGCGACGACACGCUCACACACAACGGAGAUGUCAUUCCAAUCUACACGGACGGGGCCUCGUCGUCGAACGGCAAGGUCGGAGCCCGCGCCGGCGUGGGCGUGUGGUUCGGCAACGGAGACGAGCGAAACCUGUCGGAACGGCUGCAGGGUCCUCUGCAAACGAACCAGCGCGCGGAGCUGACGGCGAUCCAGCGCGCCCUCGAGCUCGCUCCCCGCGACGCGUCGGUGCAGAUCUUCUCCGACAGCGCCUACUCGAUCAAGUGCGUGACGGAGUGGUCUGUGGGGUGGAAGGCCCGGGGCUGGCAGACGUCCAAGGGCGAGUCGGUCAAGAACAGAGAUCUCGUGGAGAAGAUUCUGGAUCUCAUGGCCGACAAGAGGGAGAUGGGCGCCCUGGUCAUGUUCAAAUGGGUAAAGGGGCAUGCCAGUGAUCCGGGGAACAUUGCGGCGGAUAGGUUGGCUACUCAGGGGGCCAAGAUGGCUUGA